AUGGGACAGCUCGACAAUCUCGUCAAACUGUGGCUGUUCAAUUCGAUUUCCCAGAAUCUCAUCACCAAUGCCUACUCUCCUCUUGCAUAUGCCCGUAAAAUCUGGUUGAACAUCUCAUCUAUCUUCAAUGACAACAAAGAAACCACAACCAUUCAAUUAGAAAACGAGCUUCGAUGCAUCACCAUGGACGACCUAAGUGUUCAUGACUACUGUAACAAAAUCAAGAAACUCACUGAUUUGCUUGAAGGUUUAGGAGAAAAAGUCAAAGAAAGGCAUGUAGUUAUUCAUGCCCUCAACAGAUUGUCCAGCAAAUUUGAGAGUCUUGCCAACAUCAUCCGACUGUCAAAACCGUUCCCUACCUUUUCUGAAGUGCGCUCAAUCCUUACUGCAGAAGAAACCCGGCUUGCCAAUCCUCGUGUCGUUGCUCCUUCUCCUGCUGCCAAUUCCUCGUCCAACUCCCUUCUUCACGUUGCCACCACUCCUUCCAAUCGAGGUGGUGGCGGUGGUGGUUCUUCCUACCGACGCAACGACCGGCGUGGGGGCGGUAACAAUCGCCGAUCUCGACAGCAAAACCCAUCCGCCGGCGGUGCACCAGCUAGCGGUCAAUAUGGCUAG